AUGAAGUUCUCCCUGCUGACUGCCAUUGCCCUCUUCGCUGCGGCGACCACCGCCCAAACCAACAACACCAUCGCGGACAUCGACGGCCGCGCUCGAACGUUGAAGGAGGCUGCUAAAGUAGACGAUGCCGAGUUGAACCGCGAGUGUCACAAACAAAACGGCAACUACAUCCCGUCCCUCAAAGCUGGACAGUACUCGACCAGUGCGUUCCACAACUGCUUCCGCACCAUCGAUCAAAUCUAUGAGUUCUCCGAUGCAUUGGUCGAACAAAACCCGACGUUGCUGAGCAAGUUUGCCAUCUCCAAGACGUACAAGAACGCCACGAUUUACGGGUACAAGUUGACCAAGGGCCACUCGCAGUCGCUGUACUUUCAAGGCCAACUACACGCCCGCGAAUGGAUCGCGGGGUCGUCGAUUCUGUUCUCGUUGGCGUCGAUUCUGGAUGACAUUGCCAACAAGAAACCCACGGCCGCCGACGAGUACGACUUGUACUUUGUGCCGGUCGUCAACAUUGACGGCUUCAAAAAUACGUGGAACGGCACCCGGUUCCAGCGCAAGAGUGACAACGAAGUCGACUUGAACCGCAACUGGCCGACUCCGAAUAAGAACCCCAACAACCCUACCAAAGACCACUGGUCGUACCCCGGACCUAAGCCGUUCAGUGAGCCUGAAACCGCGGGCAUCAAUCAUUGGCUGGAAACCAAGCGCGAUGAAAUCCAAGGGUACUUGGACAUUCACUCGUAUGGGGGGUACAUCUUGUACGCAUAUGGGGACAAUGACAAGCCCCUCGGCGAAGGAUUUGACGAGAAGUACGAAGUCCUCGCCCGUGGAUUGCAAAGCGUCAUGGGGGAGUACGCGCCUGGACCGGCGCACGGAUUGUUGUACUUUUCAUAUGGGUCGUUCCCAGAUUACGCGUUCCGCGAGUUCAGAAAGGCCGCUUUGACGAUUGAAAUUUUCGGCCGUACAUUUAACGUGAGCGCGUCGACCAUCCCGACACGCGGCCUCGAACUUUACAAAGGCAUCAACCAAUUCGCCAAGGAAGUCACCGUGUUCAACAGCGAUGUCGUCACGCCUAUCAAGCCGUCGUGUGGCGAUUAG